AUGUCUGACGCUAUUACUAUUCGUACUAGAAAGGUUAUCACCAACCCAUUGUUGGCUAGAAAGCAAUUUGUCGUUGACGUUUUGCACCCAAACAGAGCUAAUGUCUCCAAGGACGAGUUGAGGGAAAAGUUGGCUGAUGCCUACAAGGCUGAAAAGGACUCUGUCUCUGUUUUCGGUUUCAGAACCCAAUACGGUGGUGGUAGAUCUACUGGUUUCGGUUUGGUCUACAACUCUGUUGCUGACGCUAAGAAGUUCGAGCCAACCUACAGAUUGGUGAGAUACGGUAUGGCUGAGAAGGUCGAAAAGGCUUCCAGACAACAAAGAAAGCAAAGAAAGAACAGAGGUAAGAAGGUCUUCGGUACUGGUAAGAGAUUGGCCAAGAAGGUUGCCAGACGUAACGCUGACUGA